AUGCUGACAAGCAUCCUGAUCAUUCGCCGUCAGGUUUAUGACCUCUCUCUCGUGACGCAUGUCAUCCUGGCUGUCAUUUUCGUCGUUGGUUGCUGGUAUCACAUUCAAUUCGAAUAUGGGUUUACCUUUGGCUACGAGACAUGGCUAUACACUGCUAUUGCAGUUUGGUUCUUUGAUCGUUUGAUACGCCUCCUUCGCCUUCUUAAAGCUGGGCUCCAUUAUGCGAAGAUUGUGCGUAUCGAUAUCCCCGGACUGCGGUGGGCUAUAAUGCCUUGUCACAGAGUCCAUGUGCACUUUCCGCCGAUUCAUCCCUGGCGCGCUUGUGAGAAUCAUCCUUUCUCCAUAAUCCCGACUUCCAUUCUCAGCCCCCAGCAGCAGCAUGCUCAAGAACAAAACUCAGACGCGGAGGGCAGGCUGGACGAAAAGGCCCGCAAAGCCAUACAUAUUACAUCUGACGAGGACAGUCAAAAUCGGCUAUCGACCAAUGGGUUCUACAUAAACACAGGCGUAACUAUUUUCGUCCGAAAGGGGCAAGAUAUGACUUCAUAUUUAAAACCGUGCGAGCGUCUGCUUACAUUGGUGGAUGGCCCGUAUCGAUGUAGCGCCAACCAAGGAGUGUUGCGGAGCGAUCACCUGCUCUUGAUCGGAGGCGGUAUCCGUAUAACGGGUCUCCUUUCUUUCCUGAAUCCUCGUCAGCGAAUUGUCAAGCUAUACUACAGCCUUAAACGCGAGUUAUUGAUGGACGCGCGUAUGAGAUUUGAGAGCUUUACGAGAAUGUUAUCUCAGAAUCCCAUACCCUCUCGCUAUGCCAUGACAGACGAAAUUGCCAGAAAUCAGCUACGUACUGUUCAUCGAUGGUGGAGGAACUUCAAACGCUAG